CCAAACAACCCUACAAACUCCAACAAUCUCCAAACUCCAAACUCCAUCCCUAACCAUGCAAUCCCUCAACCUCUUCUCAUGCAACAACACCCAUCAUCACAGCUCCACCAAAGAAACCCAUCCCUAUGGAAAUCCCCAAACUACCCUCAAAACUAUCACCAUCUUCAACCCCUUCCCAAACCCUUACUACCCUAAACCCCAUACAAACCCUAAUAGCAACAACCCUUAACUCCAUUGAAACCAACCUCAUUAUCCCUCUUGAAACAAAGAAACCUCUCCCUAAAACCAUCAACCCAAACGUCCAAAUCUCCGGCAACUAUGCUCCGGUGGCGGAAUUCCCUCUCCGGCGUGGCCUUCAUGUCACCGGCACCAUCCCUGACCACCUUCAUGGUUUGUACGUGAGAAACGGAGCUAACCCCAUACUACCACCUUCCUCCGGCCACCACCUCUUCGACGGCGACGGCAUGAUCCACUCCGUCGUCCUCUCCGGCGAGAAACAAGCAUGCUAUGCAUGCAGGCUCACUAGAACCAACAAACUCAAACAAGAACUUAAUUAUGGCCGGCCAUUGUUCCCUAAACCUAUAGGUGAGCUUCAUGGCCAUUCAGGGAUUGCAAGGUUUCUCUUGUUCUCCCUCCGCGCCGCCGCCGGCAUCGUCGACGUCUCCGGCGGCUCCGGCGUCGCCAACGCCGGCCUUAUCUACUUCUCUGGGAGGUUACUAGCCAUGUCUGAAGAUGACCUCCCUUAUCACGUUAAGAUCACAUCUGAUGGUGAUCUCGAGACCAUCGGACGGUUCAGCUUCUCCGGCCAACUCUCAUCUCCGAUGAUCGCUCACCCUAAGAUUGACCCCAUCUCCGGCGAGCUUUUCUCUCUUAGUUACCAACUUUUAAACAAACCUUACUUGAAGUACUUCUACGUGGACCCCAUCUCCGGCGAGAAGUCACCGGACGUGGCUAUAACUCUCCGGCAACCGACGAUGAUCCAUGACUUUGCUAUAACUGAGAACUUUGUUGUGAUUCCUGACCAGCAAAUUGUGUUUGAUGUUAAGAGGAUGGUGCAUGGGAAGUCUCCGGUGAGGGUUGACUCUGGGAAAAAGUCAAAGCUUGGAGUCAUGCCAAAGUAUGACAAAGAUGAGAAGAGGAUUAAGUGGUUUACAAUCCCGGAUUGUUUUUGUUUUCAUUAUUGGAAUGCAUGGGAGGAGAUCGCCGGCGACGGCGACGGUGACGGUGACGGUGAGUGCACUGUGGUGGUUGUUGGGUCUUGCAUGUCGCCGCCGGACAGUGUGUUCAAUGAAGAUGAUGAUGUUGAGCUUAAGUGUGAGUUGAUGGAGUUCAGGAUGAACAUGAGAACAGGGGAGACAAAGACAAGAGUAAUAAUAAAAGGAGUGAACUUGGAAGUAGGACAAGUAAACAAAGAAAAACUUGGCCGGAAAACAAGGUACAUAUACAUGGCAGUGGCGGAGCCAUGGCCAAAGUGCUCCGGAAUAGCAAAGGUGGACAUUGAGAGUGGUGAGAUGAAGAAGUUUGAGUAUGGAGAGAAAAAGUACGGCGGUGAGCCGACCUUUGUUCCGGUGAAGGGUGGUGAGGAAGAUGAAGGAUAUGUGAUGAGUUUUGUGCAUGAUGAAGUUAGUGGCACGUCGGAGUUGGUGGUGCUCACGGCGGCGGAGUUGGAUAUGGUAGCUACGGUGAGUUUACCGGCUAGAGUUCCUUAUGGGUUUCAUGGGACUUUUGUUGGGUUUAAUGAGCUUAGUGAGCAGAAGGCAACUUGAAUUU